UAUAAUUCUAUGAGUUCUUAAAGAUGUAUACUAUUAAUUUUCCACACACCAAAAAUUUAUGAAACAAUAAAUAAAAUAGAUGUCAUAUAGCUAUCUGGUUCUCUCAUUAAUAGUGAAAUGAAGGAAAAUCAGACAAUGGUUAUGGAGUUCAUCCUACUGGGAUUUCGUCUUGGUCCAAGGAUUCAGAUGCUUCUCUUUGGGCUCUUCUCCCUGUUCUAUGCCUUCACCCUGCUGGGUAACGGGGUCAUCCUGGGGCUCAUCUCACUGGACUCCAGACUGCACACCCCCAUGUACUUCUUCCUCUCACACCUGGCCAUCGUCGACAUAGCCUAUGCCUGCAACACGGUGCCCCAGAUGCUGGUGAACCUCCUGAAUCCAGCCAGGCCCAUCUCCUUUGCUGGCUGCAUGACACAGACCUUUCUCUUUUUAAGUUUUGCUCACACUGAAUGUCUUCUCCUGGUGGUGAUGUCCUAUGAUCGGUACGUGGCCAUCUGCCAUCCUCUUCGAUAUUCUGUCAUCAUGAGCUGGAGAGUUUGCAUUACCCUAGUGGUGACUUCCUGGACGUGUGGCGUUCUCCUGGCCCUGGUCCAUGUGAGCCUCAUCCUGCGGCUGCCCUUCUGUGGGCCUCAUGAAAUCAACCACUUCUUCUGUGAAAUCCUGUCUGUCCUCAAGCUGGCCUGUGCUGACACGAGACUCAACAAAGUUGUCAUCUUUGUUGCUUCUGUGUUUGUUUUAGUGGAGCCCCUCUGCUUGGUGCUGGUGUCCUACAUGCGCAUCCUGUUUGCCAUCCUCAGGAUCCAGUCAGGGGAGGGCUGCAGAAAGGCCUUCUCCACCAGCUCCUCCCACCUCUGUGUGGUCGGGCUCUUCUUUGGCAGCGCCAUCGUCAUGUACAUGGCCCCCAAAUCCCGCCAUCCUGAGGAGCAGCAGAAGAUCCUUUUUCUGUUUUACAGUCUUUUCAACCCUAUGCUGAACCCACUGAUCUACAGCCUGAGGAACUCAGAGGUCAAGGGUGCUCUGAGGAGAGCAGUGUGCAAGGAAAGUCAUUCCCAAUUGGAAUGA